CACAGCUCGGAGCAGAGAGACAGCAGCCGAGGCGAACGCAACCGUUUUGGCUAAAUCUGCCUUCUUAGGCGUGGAGUUACCUGCUGUAUGACGUGUUUCGGCCGGCCGCAGCCAAAGGGAUCCUGGGGAAACACGGGAUGCUGUGCAGCAUUACAGAAGUGGGAGGAAGACGGAAUGCGAGCGUGACCGAAUGGCUUCUCCGGUGCUGCCUUUAACAAGAGACGGUGAGAAGCAGCCACAUUCUCGUGCCGUCCUGGAACGCCUCUCAGCUGUGCUGCACGUCCGCAAGCAGGGCGAAUCAACCGGAGGGGGGUCCCUCGGGGAUGCCGGUUGUAACCCGGCCCGGAGAUGCCAUGACCGGUGUCAUUCAGCUGCGAGGCGCUCGGAGGUCAAACUGCGUCCUUUUGGGGAGGAGAAAGUGCGCGUCUGCUGUGACGAGGAAUUGGAGACAUCUUUCACCUAUAUAGAUGAAAACGUCAACCUGGCGAUUGGCAGCCCAGAGACAAGCUGUAAAAGUUCUCAAAAAAACGGGCGCACCUGCGAGUCGUGCUCAGAAACCGUACCAGAAUUCUCUUUCAUGUCUGAGGAUGAUCUAUCCUUUGUGGAGGCCUCAGGGUCCUCAGUGGACUACUGGUUUAUAAGCGCAGUCACUUUUUUGGUGACGGGCAUCUCUUUGGUGAUCAUCUCCUACGCUGUGCCCCGGGAUGUGGUCGUGGACAGGGACACUGUCUCGGCCAGGGAGAUGGAGAAAAUGGAACUGGAGAAUGCGCGCAUUGGAGCUCACCUGGACCGAUGUGUCAUAGCAGGAUUGUGCUUGUUGACUCUGGGAGGGGUUGUCCUCUCCACGCUGCUCAUGAUCUCCAUGUGGAAAGGAGAGAUGUAUAGGAGAAAAGUCAUUGCGUAUUCUAAACGUUCCGCCAAACUGUAUGGUUCCAUUAGCCUGAAAACUAAAUCCAGUCCCAGUCACUCCUCUGCACACUUGUCCCUUGAGGAUAUUGUGGAAAGUUUGAACUAGCAAUGCACAGUUUUGUUUCAAAUGACGGGCUUCACACACAUUUUCAUCACAUCUUCACCUUGGAUGUGGAAGUCUGCAAUAUUUUAGUUUAUGCUGUCCACUCAGAAAAAGGCCAUUUCUAUUCUUCACUUUUCUGGGUCGAGCGUGAGCUGAGCUGGAGCCUGUCCGAGCUGAAUUUGGACAGGAGGCCAAGUCCACCCUGAACCGGUCAUCAGCCACUCUCAGUCAUUUAGUCCAAGUGAGUGACAUACGUUUACAUUUUAUUCACAGAUCAUACUACUCAGUACGUUUUCUCAUUUACUAGUUGGGUAUAAUGCAAUUGUUUUUAGACAUGACAAGAAAACAGCUCUUCUUCAUGACGACACCUACAGUUACAGAAAUACAACAACUUCAGAAUAUGCUAAAAUAAUGGCCCGUGUAAUUUUUUAAUUUUUUUUUUAUAAAAACAGACUCAAAUUCUGAUUAGAUUAUAUUACCAGUUUAAUUUCGGGGGAAGAAAGGAAUUAUCUUUUUAACUAAAGAUGGAGGUGUAUUUAGCAGAGCGAGCAUCCCGAGGAGCUUUUAAGGCCAAAAAAAAAAAAGAAAAAAAAGAAGUCAAAUUAUGGCUUAUGCCAUUGCUUUAAGAGGCUGGUGAUAUUUUGCUGUGUAAAUUACAUUCAGAGGUAAUUCAACUCAGUAUAAUGCAUUCUGGUAGGCCCAGGAGCAUUUGGACAAGUUUAGCAAGAAGUACUCUGCAUAAAACAGUUACAGUACAAUUGCGAGCUGGUAAACUCCAUACUUUGCAAAACCUACUCCAUAUUAGUAAUAACAUCUUAUAUACAUCAAUUUUCUAUACCGCUUGUCCUCAUAGAUUUGUGGACGAGCUGGAGCCUAUCCCAGCUCAUUUUGGACAAGAAGUGGAGCAUACCCCGGUCAGGUCACCAAUCAACAGCAGGAUAUGUAUCGAUU